CAUGCGUAAUARCACUUCGCGAUCAGAAACACCGAUUGUGUUGAUUUCGUUGGAACGUGUGUAAAGUCUGAGCUCAAAAACAACAUUUCGCAAGAAGCUAUGCACAGCAAAAUUAAUAAUGAGCGGCGGCCGAUUUGAUUUUGACGAUGGUGGGACAUAUUGUGGCGAAUGGAGAAAUGGGAAAGCGCAAGGUUACGGAAUUUGCACCGGUCCAAAAGGACAAGCAAGAUUCGAGGGCGCUUGGCACAACGGGUUUGAAAUAAGCGGUGUGUAUGUUUGGCCAAAUGGCCACAAAUACGAGGGCGAGUGGGCAAACGGACGACGGCACGGACUAGGUUGUGAAAUACGAGGAAAAUGGACGUAUCAGGGCGAAUGGGAAGAUGGUUUUAAAGCCAGAUAUGGCGUACAGAGAGCGCAAAGUGGUGCAAGAUAYGAAGGUAGUUGGACGUCUGGCCUCCAAGAAGGAUACGGAAUCGAAGUGUAUGCUGAUGGUGGCUACUACUAUGGACAAUGGAAAACWGGAAUGCGAUCUGGAUACGGGUUGCGAAGUGCCAAACGAGAACCAAAGGACUAUUAUGUAAACUUCAGUCGUUCAAAUUCACGACAGUCCAAUGCAAGUAAUGAAGUCAAUGGCGAUGUGCCAUCCAAAGACGUCAAAWCAAAGGGUGACAAAAAACGAGAAAACAGUAUUGCUGGUGACACUAUAGAGGAUAAUUCUAAACCCGUUAAAUUAGUCAGGGAGAUUUAUAAAGGUGAAUGGAAAAAUGACAAGCGUCAUGGUUAUGGUGUUUUAGAGGCUUCUGAUGGAUAUUCCUAUGUUGGGCAGUGGUGUGAAAACAUGAGGCAUGGACUAGGAGCAGCUUCCUUCCCCAACAACACAAAAUUGGAAGGGGAAUUUGAAAAUGACAAUUUCAUAUCRAGAGUUAAAAAACCAAGUGCAGUAAAAUCUAUUGUGACUCGRUUCAAACAGCGACUUCAAAUAUCUUGCGAGGCUGCUCAGCAUGCUGCUUCUGUGUCAGUGCAGAAGUCUCAUAUGUCGUUAUCGAGAGCAGCAGCAGCACGAGACCGCGCCUUAGAGGCUGCCGCUGCCGGUGAGCAUGCACGGCAAGAGUCAGUUAUUGCCCAAAAACGUGCCAGGGAACUGAUUCAAAGGACCCCAAACAGCCUGAAUGUGCCAAUACCUGCAGACAAGUAGCAUUUUGUAGGGCGCUUUAUGUAAAUGUUUUGUUUUGUUUUUAUGUAUUUGUUACUUAUAUGUGAUAUUCACAUUUUGGUGGUUUUCUUAAUAAAUCAUUACCCAAUA